AUGUCUGCCUCUUCUUCAUAUUAUGUCCCCAGGUUUGAUGUAUUCCUAAGUUUUAGCGCAGAAGACACCACAACAACUUUUGUAUCAGAUCUUUACCGUUCCCUGUCAGAAAAAGGUAUUUCAACUUAUUACAAAGAUGACAAGCUGGAGGAGAGAGCCUCAUCUUUUGGUUCUGACAUAAGGAAAUGUUUAGUAGCUACAAAAACAGCUGUUGUCGUGGUCUCGGAGAGCUAUCCAACCUCUGUUUUGUGCCUGAACGAGCUCCAAGCAAUACUAAACUUGCGCGACGAAGGUCAACUCUCAGUCCUACUCAUCUACUGCGGAGUGGAUUCUUCGUAUAUAAGAAAACAGACCACAGAAUUCGCAGAACCUUUCAGAAAUCUUGGUGAAGAAUAUUCAUCUGACAAGGUUCGAGCAUGGAGGAGAGCUCUUACCAAACUCACAAGCAUAUCCGGCCUGGAUUCACGUUUUUGGAGCAAAGAAGCGAAGAUGGCCGAUCUGAUUUCAAAUGAAAUCUCGCUUUUGGUUACAAACAAGCUGAAUAGUCCAUCAACAUCCAAAUCGGAUGGACUUGUAGCGUUGGAUCGUCAUAUGCAAGCGUUGUACGAGUUGCUGGAUUUGAAGUCUGACAAGGAAGUUCGCUUGGUUGGCAUUUGGGGUUCGGAAGGUGUAGGCAAGACGACACUAGCAAGAUACGCAUACGAAGAAAUGUCAGUAAAUUUCCAUGCUCAUAUGUUUGUAGACAACUCCGAAAAGAACUAUCACCAACAUCAUCUAGAACCAAGAGAGAUUCAAGAGGGAGCUCAAACGAUGACAAAGAGCUCUGAUGUAAUAAAAUCAGCGCUUGGACACCGAAAUGGUCUGCUUGUGAUUGAUUGCGUGGAUAGCCUCGAACAGUUAAAGGACAUAGCAGAGAUUGUUGGCUGGUUUGGUUCAGGGAGUAGAGUCAUUUUUACUACACAAGAAAAGAAUUUGUUAGAUGAAUUUGGUGUGAAGCAUGUCUAUGAAGUCAAGUCUCUAAGAUACGACGAAGCUCUUGAACUCUUCUCUCAAUCCGCCUUCAAAAAGAAAUGCCCUCCUACUAAUUUUGAAUCGCUUUCUCUUCGCGCUGUCCAGAUUGCUAGUUUCCUUCCUCUGAGUCUUACAAUACUCGGUUCGUCUUUACAAGACAAGGAUGAAAAGACUUGGGAGGAGGCGCUGCAAAAGCUAGAAGGAGACCAAGAUAAAACUAUAAUGGAAGUUCUGGAGAAAACCUACACAAGAGCAAAUGAGGAGUAG